AUGAGAUUAGGGGAGGGUCGAGAGAUAGAGAGAGGAGUAGCAAAGAGAGGGAGAGGAGCGAUAGGGAGAAGAGCAGAGAUAGAGAGAGGAGACAGAGGGAGAAGGAUAGGGAGAGGAGGGAGAGGGAGAGGAGAAGCAGUAGUAGGUCACAGAGGGAAGAGAGGGAAUCGUGAAGUAGUUGAUAUAGGAAUGUUCAUAUUUGAUGACAUCGCAAAGAACAAAGAGAACCCAAGACCUGGAAUCAUUAUUAACAGUCCUAACGGAGAUGAUGUUUAUAGUGGAGUUCCCAAGGAUUACACUGGAGAUGAUGUUAACGUUGGUAAUCUGUUUGCUGUGAUUCUUGGAAAUAAAACAGCUCUUAAAGGAGGAAGUGGUAAGGUUGUAGAUAGUGGUCCAAACGAUCAUAUCUUCAUAUACUAUAGUGAUCAUGGUGGCCCGGGAGUGCUUGGGAUGCCAACUUCUCCGGCUCUAUAUGCAAACGAUCUAAACAAUGUAUUGAAGAAGAAACAUGCUUCUGGAACAUAUAAGAGCUUGGUGUUUUAUCUUGAGGCUUGUGAGUCUCGAAGUAUAUUCGAAGGUCUUUUACCAGAAGGUUUAAACAUUUACACGACAACUGCAUCAAAUGCAGAAGAAAGCAGCUGGGGUACUUAUUGUCCUGGAGAGGAUACGAGUGUACCGUCCGAGUAUGAGACCUGUUUAGGCGACUUAUACAGUGUUGCCUGGAUGGAAGAUAGGUACGACAGCGUCACUGUUUGUGGUGAUCUUGAAUGUCAAGAUCAGUUGAAUGAGAGGAACAAACCAUUCUUUGACUUGUGUGAUGGAAUCUUCAUGAACUACACAUGGAAGGUUCUGUUGGAUAUUGGAUCCUUGAUUAAAUCAUAA